CUGGUUUAGCGCGAGCUCGGCGUCCUUUGCGCGUGUGUUUCUUGGUAACGGCUGUAAACAGAUGGCGUCUCUGGAGCUGCUGCGGGUUUAAAUUCGGUUUAUUUUGAAUUCGGAGUGUGUCGGUUCUGUUGAAUUCUGUUGCGGUUCUGAUGGUAAAGCUGGGUUUAUUGGGUUAAUGUUGCUAGAGCGGCGCUGCUAAUUCGGUUCUGGGAGUUUUCGGUCAGCCAGCAUGUGAAUUCUGAUUCAGUUUAAGUGAUCUGAAUGUGGAUUAAUGUUUAAAAUGUACCAGCUUUUGUACUCGAUAAACACCGUUUAUUCUUUGUAAGAAUGCAGUAGAAGGAAAACAGGCUAACUACCUAACAAUACAACUAAAACACAGAGCUGGGAGUCAACAUAGUGUCAACAUACAGCUCUGAAACAAAUUUGGAGAGUUUCUGAAUCAGUUUCUCUGAUUUUGUUAUUUAUUGGUUUAUGUUUGAGUAAAAUGAACAUUGUUGUUUUAUUCUAUAAACUACAAACAACAUUUCUCCCAAAUUCCAAAUAAAAAUAUUGUCAUUUAGAGCAUUUAUUUGAAGAAACGGAGAAAUGGCUGAAAAAUACGAUCUCGAAAAAUGUAAAGAAAACAAGUUCAUAAUUAUAAAGUUAAUUAUACAUGACAGAAAUCAAUAUUUGGUGGAUUAACCCUGCUUUUUAUCACCAUUUUUAUGCAUCUUGGCAUGUUCUCCUCCACCAGUCUUACACACUGCUUUUGGAUAACUUUUCCCUCUCUAGUUCAGUUUGGUUUGAUGGCUUGUGAUCAUCCAUCUUCCUCUUGAUUAUAUUCCAGAUGUUUUCAAUUUGGUAAAAUCAAAGAAACUUUUUUAAAAGUUUUAAGUUGUCUCCUUUUUUGUCCAGAACUGUAUGUUUUCUGUGCAGUCUGAAGUUGUAUAAAUAAGAUAAACAUUCAAGGGAAUAUGAUUUGUGUGUUUAAUUACAUAUAAGGAAGAAAAUAAAGGCAGUGUUAGCAGCAUUACUGAAUGAACCCUGUGAUUUUACGCUCGUCAGGUCAGAUGGCAGAGGAACCACUCCGCACCACCCUGGCCUACACCAAAAGCCCCAAGACCUCCAAAAGAACCACCUUCCAGGACGAGCUGGAAGCUGCAGUUUCUGCCAGAGCUAAACACACAGCAGCCCAGAAAAACACCAUCUCUUACUCAGACGACUUUGAUGAUGAUGACGAUGAUAUCCUGAACGAGCUGCUGAAGACAAGAAGGAAGAAGAUGGACAUCUUUAAAACCGGACAAUCCAAAACAAAAAGCAACAACUUCCAGCUGUCAGAUGAGGAGGAGGAGGAGAACGUCCGACCUAAGAAAGUCUCCUUCCUGAAGAGCGAGAGGAGGAACUUCCCUGUGCAGGAUGAUCAGCUCGACUCAGCCAGGAGAUCAGACACGGCCGGCAGCUCGGACAGCCAGAGGUCACUCCCAGAGGGAGGUGACCACCAUACACACUCCGCCCCCCAGUCUGACCUACCUGCAGACUGGAAGAUCCAAUCAGAGUCAUCUUCAGGAAGAAAGAGCCAAUCAGAAUCCUUAGUGUCGAGAAAGAGCCUGUCAGAAUCUCCGCUGCCGCUGAAUUCCGAGAACAGCCGGUGGGAUUCUCCAGCAGAGGGGGCGCUCUACGACAGUCCUCAAGCUUUAUCUUCUGAGAGAGGAGAUGAGGACCUGCUGAGAGCUCUGAUUGGAGAAGAUGGUGAGCAUCCUCCUCCUCAGCCCAGAGAACGUAGCGCCAGACAGAGACCACUGACAGGUUUGGUUGAGGACAAGCCCCCGAGGCCCAGACCCAGACAGAGGGGAGCUCCGGUGGGCAGCAGCGGCCAUGAUGAAGGAGAUGGUCCUGCAGAAACACCAUCCAGCAGAGCUGCCACCUCCUCAGUGUCCAUCCCACUCUCCUUCUCCGACAGAAACACCACCAUGUCUGCAUCCUCCCACAGACUGGGCUCCUCUGGGAGUGACGGCGUACAGAUUGCAGAAGAGCCCUACACAGCAUCUCUUAUGGAUGACACUCUGUCAUCAUCACCCACAAAGAGGACCACCGAGGCUGUGCUCAGUCCUCUAGAGGGCGCUGUAAGCUCCGAUCUGUUCCUGAAUCAGAACACAGGAGAUAAAUACUCCACUUCCUCACAAGAAAACCCACAGAGAGGUGAAGAUCCUACUGGUCUAACAGUGAGCAGACAGAGUCACAGAUCAGACAGAUCUCAGGACAGACCCUCCAGCUCUCGGCCGCUCAGCUCCAGGAAAUCCAGGAGUGCCUGUUCCUCCUACUCAGCACAGUCCAGAUACCUGGGCUCUCUGAAGGUUUUAGAUCAGAAAUCUGUGCCGCAGCUCCAGCCGGACACCGCGGAUUCCCUCAGAGCCGCCGUGUACCAGGAGUGGCUGAAGAAGAAAGAGGAGAAACUGCAGGAAGCUCUGAAAUUAAAAAAGCAGGAGGAGAAACUGAAGGUGGAGAAGAAGGUGGAGGAGGAGAUGAGCAAGAAAGCAGAAGCUAAAGCCUCGUAUGAAGCCUGGAAGGAGAAGAAACAGGAAACCCUGAGGGAGAAAGUGAGAGAAAAGCAGGAGGUGCUGAAGAAACAGCAGAAAGAGCAGGAAGAGAAAGAGGAGAAAAAGGAAACUGCGAAAAGAGUGUUUGAGAAGUGGAAGCAGGAGCAUGAAGAGCGUCUGCAGGAGCAGCACCUCAAACAGACGCAGCAGAAGAACCGGCUGAAGGACAGGAAGGAGAGAGAGCAGGAGGAGCGGAGGAGAGACUGCGGCUCAUCCUUCAGUCUGUGGAGUGAAAAAAAGAAGGACGCUCUUCAGGAGAAGCUGAAAGAAGAGCGAGAGAAGGAGAAGAUCAAAGAGAUCGAGGAGAAAUAUCAGAAGGAGGAGAGAGAGAAGACUGCGCUGGAGAUGUAUGAGAAAUGGCUGAAAAGAAAAGAGUUUCAGCAGAAACGAGAGAAACAGGAGAAGAAGAUCAAGGCCAUCGUUCAGGACGAGCCCCCUCCCCCCUGGAGCCCACCCAACAGAACCGUUCCCUUCGUGGAUCAACUUUACAUACCCCCAAAGACUGGACCAUGAAGCUACGAGAAGACGAUCAGACGAUCAGACGCAGGACAGAAGGUUAUAGAUGGAGCUGAGGAUUGUGGGUAAAGAUUGGAGGAUGUUCAUCGCCUGCAGCAGUUUGCACUGUCCAGACCCCCAUGACCUCCUGACCAAGGACACAGUGGGAGGUGUUACAGCCCUCUGGACACAACCUGACCUGUAGAUCUGUCCGAGAGGAAGACUGCCGAUCUAGUGAAGAGAGGUCACACACUCUAAUAUGUAAUUGGACCGGCUUUAUCUUUGAUUUCUAUAAGCUUCUGCAAUAUCACAAGAUUUAUUUCAUUCCAGUGUUGCUGGAUUAAUCUAUUAAUUUUUCACCAAGAUCUUUCAGCAGCAUUGAUGAUGGUAGAGUCUGACCACUGCACAAAGCAGCUCUUCUCCAUCCAGCACAUCCCAAAGAUUCUCAAUGAGGUUAAGAUCUGGACUCUGUGGUGAACUCUCUCUCAAUCCAUGUGUGAAAAUGAUCAAUGAUGAUCUCAUGCUCCCUAAAUCACUCUUUCACAAUUCCAGCCCCAUGAAUCCUGAUAUUAUCAUCUUAUAUGGAAUAUGAAGAAAAAAUCCAUUGAUGGAAUAACCUGGUCUAUAUUCAGUAUAUUCAGGUAGUCAGCUGACCUCAUUCUUUCAGCACAUACUGUUGCUGAACCCAGACCUGACCUAUUGCAGCAACUCCACAUCAUAGCUCCGCCCCCACAGGCUUGUACUGUAGCUGCCUCUCUUCCUACCCUGAUGCUCCAUCACUCUGGAACAGAGUAAAUCUGGACUCAACAGACCUUUACAUGACUUUCUUCCACUGUACCAGAAUCAAAUCUUUAUACUCUUUUGCUAAUUAAAAAGUUUUUUUUU